AUGUCGACCCUCGUAUGGAGACAGAGAGAUUUGGUCGCCGUCAAACUUCCUGUUAUGGAGCAACGACCGCCGACGACCCUCGAUUCUAAAGCACCAACAAUUGCCGGCAUAAACGGAACCCUCGAUCGUUUCUGGUCAUCAAACGGAGAAAGUGUACAAGAUCUGGUACACUGGUCGAAGCCCAAAGGCGUUGAUAAGAUCAUGGGACUUGUAUUUUAUGGAAGACGACAAUCAGUAUCAAUUCUUGAUUGCUAUCUCAAGCGCAAUCUUGCAAAGAAUGGCGGCUUGCUUGAUGGUGUCAUCUUUGUGGAACGAACCAAAGACCCCCACGACCUUGCACUAUUGAAGAAACUCUUGGAAAGCGAGAAUUCGUACGAAAAGUGGUCUGUUGAGAUGUCAGGCGACGAUAACUUUUCGAGUGGCUUUGGGAACUCCUACGACCGCGUUGAGGAUCAUGUCAUGUAUGUCAAGAUUGACGACGACAUCGUUUUCAUGGAGGAUACUGUUAUUCCAUCGAUUGUUAAAAAGAGACUCGAUCAUCCCGAGUACUACAUCGUCUCGGCCAAUGUCAUCAAUCAACCCCUUCUCAGCUGGGUCCACUGGAAUUUGGGCGCCAUCAGGCCCUAUCUCCCCGAGGUCGACAGCGAAGGAAAGGCCAUGCCCUCGAAACAAUCUGGCCAGAAGCCUCUGGAUUGGAAUCCCUCUAACCUGCCACCAUGGAACGGCCCCGAGGGAUUCUCGCUCGAUAACUGGGAGGCCAACGACACUACUCAUCGCUGGCUCCCUCUUGACAAGGGCGGUAAAGAUCAUAUUCUCGACACAACUCCCAUCGAAGCGACAGAGUAUCAUCCUAUGGGCCGCGGCUGGACUCAGUGGACGAUUGGCGCCCAAGAACACUUCAGCUUCUUCGAAAACCUAUGGAAGAAGAAGCUGUCCGCCUACAAGUUCGAAACAUGGGACUUUCAAUACGAGCGAAUGGGCAUCCAGUUCGUUGCCUUAUUAGGAAGGGACAUCAACCGAGCCAAGCCGAUCGAGGCCGAUGAUGAGAACCACUUCUCAUGUAACAUGCCGCGUGCGCUAGGACGACACUUUACAGAUGCCGUUGCCGAUGGACGAGGCGUUGCCGUUCAUUACAGCUUCGGAAGCCAACGCGCAGGCAUGGACCGAACCGAUAUCAUUGAUCGCUAUAGGUCGUUCGCACGUAACAAUAUCUGUGCUGGACCUAUGCUGUGGGCUCCCGGAGAUGACUAG